CCCCGCGCAUUCUUCUGCCUUGUAAGGCCUGGCCAUCAGCGGCCCCGCCAGCCGGGUCUCCGCCCCCAGAACUCAGAGCAGUAGCCCCAGCAUCAGCCAGCCAGCUCCCGCAGCACCGCCGCACCGUCCAGGACUUUGCUUCUCUGCAGCAGGGACGCCCCAACACCUGAAGCCAAGAUGUCCAGCAAGCGGGCCAAGGCCAAGACCACCAAGAAGCGGCCCCAGAGGGCUACAUCGAAUGUCUUCGCCAUGUUUGACCAGUCCCAGAUCCAGGAGUUUAAGGAGGCCUUCAACAUGAUUGAUCAGAACCGUGAUGGCUUCAUUGACAAGGAGGAUCUACAUGACAUGCUGGCCUCUCUGGGGAAGAACCCCACUGAUGAGUACCUGGAGGGCAUGAUGAGCGAGGCGCCGGGACCCAUCAACUUCACCAUGUUCCUCACCAUGUUUGGGGAGAAGCUGAACGGCACCGACCCUGAGGAUGUGAUCCGCAAUGCCUUUGCCUGCUUUGAUGAGGAGGCCUCAGGGUUCAUCCAUGAGGACCACUUGCGGGAGCUGCUCACCACCAUGGGCGACCGAUUCACAGACGAGGAGGUGGAUGAGAUGUACCGCGAGGCACCCAUUGAUAAGAAGGGCAACUUCAACUACGUGGAGUUCACCCGCAUCCUCAAACACGGCGCCAAGGACAAAGACGACUAGGCUAUCCUUAGCUUAGCCCAGACCCUACCCUAGUCACUUCCCCAGCACACACACACUACCCUUCAUGAGGAGCUGGGGUUCCGGCUCCCAGCGCAGGAAAUGAACCAGAAGACCCACAGGGUGAGGCAGGGGGUCCACCAUGACCUCAGGCACCUAGAAGGGAUCUCUUUAAGGAAGAGCUGCAGUGGGGAGGGCAGCCAAGGGUGGGGCUGAGGCAGCUGAAGAUGACCACCCUGAGGUGUGCCCUUAUAUUCCUGGGCUGCCCUGAGGAGGAAAGCACCCCGGUCCUGGUGUUGGACACUAAUUCCCAGCAUCCCCACAAAGGCCCGCACACAUUUCCCAUGUCCCUGUGGAGGAUGACAAUCAGCAAGCACUAUGCCUGUCCGGUUUCCAGAGCACAAAGGAAUGUACAGAGGGAGACUGCCGGGGGAAGCAGCCUCUAAUACAAGGCUGAGCACUGCC